AAGUUUUCAAAUCUUUAAAAUGAGCACCAAUAUGUUUAAUGUCCUCAACAUUUCAGAUGAUGAGGAUUCAAAAACUCAAUAGGCACAAUAAAAAACCCAAUAGCAACAAGCAAAGAAGAGUAAGCUCAUUCUUUCAUUAUUAAUUAGAUAAGUAAAAGCGUGAAUAGGAAUAAGUGAUUCCUGUAGAAUUAGUUAAGAAAGAAAGCACUUAACAUCACAAUCCAGCCCCAAAACAAAAGGGUCUAACAGCUGAUCCUCAUCCAAAGGACAGACAUUCUGGAACAGGAAUUGGAAAGGAACUUCGUAAAGAAGGUGGUGGAAGAAGAAAUUGGGGAAAUUAUAAAGACGAUUUAAAGUAGGAGAAGUACCAAGGUGCAAUUGAGGGAAAGGAGGCACCAUAGGAAUAAAAUACAGAAUAACAAGCUGAAGAAUAAUAGCCAUAGGAAAAUGUACCAUAACCACCAGCAGAGAAGACAUUAGCUGAUUAUUAUUAAGCAAGAGGAGCGGUAAAGAAUGAAUAUUAAUAAAUAUAUAGAAUGUUGAGGAUGUACUCAAAAAGUAGUAAUAGAAAGCAUAGCCAGUGGUAAAGAUUGAUGAGGAGGCAUUGAAGAAGGAGAAAUUACAGGUGAUGAGAACAAGAGAAGAUGAGAAGAGAGAGAAGGAAUAGAAGGCAACUAAAAAAUCAAGUGGUUAGUAAUAAGGAUACAGAAGUGAAAUGAGUACCGAAGGAUAAUAAUAUUUCGGAUUUACAAAUGAUACAAGAAGAAACGAAAGAAAUGAUAGAAAUGACAGAAAUGACAGAAAUGAUAGAAAUGAUAGAAAUGACAGGAAAGAUCAGAAUAACAAAGGAUAAAAGAAAUAAGUAAUUAUUAAUUCUAUAAUUAGUAAUAACCAAAUAAUGGAGUUCAAUUCGAUGAUAAGGAUUUCCCAUCAUUAUGAAGUGAUCAUUCCAAGCACAUAAAAAAGUGAGAAAUUUGGUAUAUAUAGUACAU